AUGAUUUUCGAAGUUAAGUCAAGCAUCCGGUCCCCUGUUCGAUGCAACCGCUGCCUACGUUUCGGCCAUACCCAAAAAUAUUAUCGUUGGGGUCCAAGAUACAGCCAUUGCGGUGAAACCAAGCACUGGAUUGAGUCUUGUCCGUACUCUCAAGCCACCGACCCAGCCUUAAUUGAAUCAUCCUUAAGUUCUCUUCUUAACAUUCCAAAUUCUAAUUUCCCUGCUUAA